GACCUGACCCCUUGUUCCCAGCGCCUGGUUCGAAUGAACAUGCCCAUCUCCAAUGAAGACAUGACUGUCCACUUCACGUCCACGCUGAUGGCCCUCAUCCGGACUGCACUGGAGAUCAAAUUGGCUCCAGCGGGCAUGAAGCAGCACCAGUGUGACGCAGAGCUGAGGAAGGAGGUUUCCUCUGUAUGGGCCAAUCUGCCCCAGAAGACGCUGGACUUACUGGUGCCACCCCAUAAACCCGAUGAAAUGACAGUGGGGAAAGUCUAUGCAGCUCUGAUGAUCUUUGACUUCUACAAACAGAACAAAACCACCAGAGACCAGACUCACCAAGCUCCAGGAGGCCUGUCCCAGAUGGGCCCCGCAUCCCUGUUCCACCCUCUGAAGGCCACACUGGAGCAGACGCAGCCGGCUGUGCUCCGAGGAGCCCGCGUUUUCCUUCGGCAGAAGAGCUCAGCGUCCCUCAGCAACGGCGGAGCUGUACAGACCCAAGAGGGCUGCAUGGAGGAAUCUGUUUCCCGAGUCACCCAGAAGGCCCAGAAGGCACCCCAGGAAGUGAGGACACCCCUGGCACAUGGCCACUCCACAGAGAUCCCAGCGGCCACGGAUGUCCAGAUGCAGGGCAUGGCCCUGAGAGGCCCUGCUGGAGAAUCCCAACCUGGGCUGGAGAGCCAGGGCCGAGCGGCAUCCAUGCCUCGCCUGGCGGCAGAGACUCAGGUGGGUGGUCUGGGAAGGUCAGGGUCGUGGGAGGGCGUAGGUGGUGAGGAGUCCUGGCGUAGGGAGGGUUUGUGUCCCGGGUGGGGGCUUGGCUGGGAUGGACUCCCCCUGGCAUCGUGGUGGCCAGUAUACCGUCAGCCCCUUUGGGUGUCCCCAGAACGCAAUACUGGUCUGUAG